AUGGCCGACGUCCGUGUCCUUCUCGUUGGAAAUGGCGGCAGAGAGCAUGCCCUCGCCUGGAAGCUCUCUCAAUCGCCCCGCGUCGACCGCAUCUUCGUCGCUCCCGGCAACGGUGGUACCGCCCUCCUCACCAAGACACAGAACGUCGAGUCCGUCAAGGCCGACGACUACCCCGGCCUCGUCAAGUUCGCCCUCGAGAACAACGUGACCCUUCUCAUCCCCGGCCCUGAGGCACCGCUUGUCGAUGGCAUUGUCGAUGUCUUCAACAAGGAUGCUCCCCAGAUCAAGUGCUUCGGUCCCUCCGGUGCUGCUGCCCGCAUGGAGGGUAGCAAGACCUUCUCCAAGGACUUCAUGGACCGCCACAACAUCCCCACCGCCGCCUUCAAGAACUUCACCUCCCACGACGCCGCCCGCGCCUACCUUGACAGCAUCUCGCACCCCGUCGUCAUCAAGGCUUCUGGUCUCGCUGCCGGCAAGGGCGUCAUCAUUCCCACCACCAAGGAGGAGGCACACCAGGCGCUAAAGGAUAUCAUGUUGGAUCGCGAGUUUGGCUCUGCUGGCGAUGAGGUCGUCAUCGAGGAGUUCCUCGAGGGUGAUGAGCUCAGUAUCCUGACCUUCUGUGACGGCACCACCACCCAGAGCCUGCCUCCGGCUCAGGACCACAAGCGUAUCUUUGACGGCGAUCAGGGCCCCAACACUGGCGGCAUGGGCACAUACUCUCCUACGCGCAUCGCACCCAAGGACGUCGUGGACAGGAUUCACAAGGAGGUUUUGCAGCCCACCGCUGACGGCAUGAAGGCCGAGGGCUACCCCAUGGUUGGCUGCCUGUUCACCGGCCUUAUGAUGACUAAGAACGGCCCUAAAGUACUGGAGUACAAUGUCCGCUUCGGUGACCCCGAAACCCAGUCCCUGCUGCCAUUGAUGGACAGCGAUCUUGCUGAGCUCAUGCUGGCCUGCACUGACGGCAAGCUGGGUAGCUUUGACCUCAAGGUGGGCGAGAAGAGUGCUGCUACUGUCGUCUUGGCUGCCGGUGGCUAUCCUGGCUCGUACAAGAAGGGCAUCGAGAUGAAGCUCGACCCUGUUCCGAAUGAUACCGUUCACUUCCACGCUGGUACCACACUGAAGGACGGUGUGCUGCAGACCUCUGGCGGUCGUGUCAUUGCAUCGACAGCAUGGGCGCCCACGCUUGAGGAGGCUGUUCAGAAGGCCUACAAAGGAGUUGAGGCCAUCCACUUCGAAGGCAUGCAGUACCGCAAGGACAUUGCGGGUCGCGCACUGAAGAAAUAA